AGAAACAACUUUGUCUUUUAAUUUUUUUAAAAAAAUUACAUAGAAAGUAUAUUAAUUUAAGUACUAUUUAUUAUUAACAAUAAUAAAAUGUCUGAAGAUACAAUCUCAUUUCAAGUAAAUUUCAAAGGAAAUAUAAUACCGGUGGAAUCAUGGUCUCUUGAUAAUACGAUACAUGAAUUAAAAGAAUAUCUUGUGGAAAGUACUGGUGUACCCUUAGAAUUUCAAAAAUUAUUAUACAAAAGUGUUUUAAAAGAUGGGAAAACGUUUAGAGAAUGUAAUUUUAAAUCCGGAAUUAAAGUAACAUUGAUGGGAAGUUCACAAGAAGAAAUUCAAGUUGUAAAAAAGGCUGAUUCUAAGAUUAUACAUCAACUUUCCAACAAAUCGAGAUCGAAAUAUGCAAUAAAUCCAUAUAAAGAUGUAAAUAGAGUUGAAGAUUUAUCAGGACAUGAUUAUACGUUUCAUAGGAUAGAAGUAAUAGAAAAUUUUCCUGAA